AUGGAAAACUGUGUGAUUUUUUUACGAUCUCAUUUGGCCAAAUACCUCUCAGUCGAUCAAUUCGGCAAUGUUUUAUGCGAAUCAGAAGAACGCGAUGCUGGUAGUCGUUUUCAGAUUAGUAUAUCCGAUGAUGGAAAAUGGGCAUUGCGCAAUGAAUCUCGAGGCUACUAUCUCGGUGGCAAUCCAGAAAAACUUACAUGCACAGCGAAAGUUCCCGGGACAACUGAAUAUUGAUACUUGAGUUACACUGGAAAAUUGGAUACAAAGUGUACAAUUGAUUGUUUAUUCUCAGCUGAAUAUCAUGGAGGCCAUUUGGCAUUGCGUGAUCAUCAUGGAACAUAUUUAUCACCAAUCGGAUCAAAAGCUGUUUUAAAAUCACGUUCAUCAACAGUCACACGUGAUGAAUUGUUCUCGCUUGAAGAUUCAUUACCUCAAGCAUCGUUUAUUGCUGCACUUAACAACAAGUAUGUUUCAGUAAAGCAAGGAGUUGAUGUGACAGCAAAUCAAGAUGAAAUUGGUGACAAUGAAACAUUCCAGUUGGAAUAUGAUUGGACAGCUCAUCGCUGGGCUUUAAGAACAACUCAGGAUCGAUACUGGUGUUUAUCAGUUGGCGGUGGAAUUCAGGCAACGGGAAGUCGGCGAUCACCUGAUGCACUCUUUGAACUUAUUUGGCAUGGUGAUGGGUCAGUUUCAUUUCGAGCUAAUAAUGGCAAACUUUUGGGAACAAAACGUUCCGGUCAUUUAUUUGCUACAUCAGAUAAUGUCGAAGAGAUUACAAAGUUCUUCUUUUAUCUCAUCAAUCGACCGAUUCUCGUUUUGAAAUGUGAACAGGGAUUCGUCGGAUAUCGCACUAAUGGUAACGCAAAGCUCGAAUGUAACAAAGCAAUAUCGAAGGAAGGCAAAUAUUUAGGAGCGACCAAGAACGGUGCAUUUAAGUUGAUUGAAGGUGGAUCAGAUACAGCGACACAGUGGGAAUAUUAAACUGAUACAUGUAGAUCGCUAGCCCACCAUCAUUAUAUGAAAUAUUUCUCAUAAACUUCCAAAUUAUUAAAUAAUAAAGUUUAAUGUUUAAUGGCUUUUGAUACCUUGAUACUUAAAUAUAAUGGUUUGUCACCUACACGAUCUUAUAUCAUUCUUCGAACUUAAUAUCAUUAAAAUUAAUUUUUUUUCUCCUUUCAUCUUGCUAUAAAUAAUUAAAUUUCUUUUUAGAUAACUUUUAAAAAACUUUUCUUGCUUGAAAUAAAUUAAUUAAGAAAUUGUUUUUUCAUCGUCGAGAGAUUUAUGUUAAACUUGAAGAAUAAUUAAAGAUGAGUUGUGAUUAAAUGAGAAAACAUUGAGAGGAAGCUGAACAUGGAACUAUUCAUAAGUUUUGGAUACUGAUGAAAGUUGAUAUCGCUCCAUUUUUAUGCUUUACUUUCGCUAUGUCUUAGAUCUAUAAUUAAAAGUUAGUUAUGGUAAGUUUAUAGUCGCAUCAAUUCCCAAUAAAUGAACAAGAACAAAAAAAAAAUUAUAAAGUUGCCAACAUCCUUGUACCAUUCCAUCAUAAAAAUAAUGCUGAUGAUGAAGUUAAAGUCCACGCGAGAUCGAUUGGAAAUACUUCAAACAUUUUUUUACUAAAUGAUUGAAAAAGAUUUUUAUACAGAAAUGAAAUAAUAUGAUGCAAUAAGUAAGAAGUUGAAAAAUAUUUACCUAAAUGUGACGUCACGUCAGUCAUUAAAUUAACGAUUAUCAAUUGUGUGGAAAUACUAAGCGACAUUGAAUAAUUUUUAAGGUGAUACAUCUCACCAUUGUAUCUACAUAUACUAUUUUAUAUUCUCUUUCAAUCUUUCAACUUCAUACUUCUAUGGCUAUUUAAUUCGCAAUAGUUUAUUCAACUUAUUUAAAAAACAAUCAAAUACUUAUUAUCAAACCCUCAAAUUUCCUAAGAAACAAAUAUGAAAUUUUUUUUCUACUUUAUAUCGUUUAUAUCACAGCAUAGUUUAGUCAUUUAAUGUCUUUUGAUAUUAUGAAUUUUUUUGGGAUUUUUUUGAAAAAUAAAAAAUUAUUGGAAAUAAACCUAAA